CAAGUGCUGUGAAGAUGAACUGCAGCUCCUCUUGAAUAUAUCAACCACAGGACAGUUUCUGUUUUACUUGGCACCUCUCCUUUAGCCAACAGAAAUGCCAAAAAAAACCAUCAGAGGAACCACCCUGACUUCUUGGAAGUUGUUCUGGCUGCUAGCCAUAAAACAUUUCAGGAGCUGGAUAGGAGAGUGAAACUAAUUCUCCCCAUUUUAUUUAGCUCAGGAUAGUGGCUCCACACAGUCAUCCACGCAGAGGAAGAGAAGGCAGGGCGGAGAGUUAAUCCAACACAGGCACCAAGGACAACGCAGAACAGAAAUCUGCCUGGCAAUGGAUAAGGGGAACUGGGAAACUCAAGAGCCAGAAAUCUCCAAAGCACAGGAGUACAGAAUCAGUGACCUCCAUCAGGAUCCAGAACUACGGAUUGUCCUUGUUGGGAAGACUGGAGGAGGGAAAAGUGCCACAGGAAACACCAUUCUGGGCAAAAAGAAGUUUGAGUCCAUACCUUCCCCACAGCCAGUGACCCAGACUUGUAAGAGAGAGGUCCGGGCAGAGAAGUGGAAAGGGAACAAAGUGGUCGUCAUUGACACUCCGGGGAUUUUUGACACCUGCAAUCCAGAACAGCAGAAGCAUCAAGAGAUCCAGAAUUGCCUCUCUCUUUCUCAGCCAGGCCCCCAUGCUCUAGUGUUCGUGAUGCAGGCAAAUCGUUUCACUGAUGAAGAUAAAUUGGCCAUAAAUAUGGUAGAGGAGAUGUUUGGCCCGGACGCCAUGAAGUACAUGAUUGUCUUAUUCACCCACAAAGAAGAUUUAGGCACAGGAAGCCUGGAGGAGUUUAUAUGGCUGUCUGGAAAGGGAUCCCUUCAGGAUUUGGUCAGAAAGUGUCAGUUCCGCUGCUGUGUUUUCAACAACAAAGUAACAGGAAAAGAACAGGAGCUACAAGUGGGGGAGCUGCUGCUGAAGCUUGAGCGGAUGAUGUGGGAGAACCAGAACAAGCCGUACCUGGAGCCGUUUUCAAGGGGAACUCCAGGGAGUACAGGGGGAAGGAGAGGAGGUGAAGAGGAAAUGGACGCUGACGAAGGAGGACAGAAAAGCUUCCUUAAAGAGCCUGGGAACAUCAGCCACUCCCACGAUGAACCAGAGAUACGGAUUGUCCUCGUCGGGAAGACCGGAGGAGGGAAAAGUGCCACAGGAAACACCAUUCUGGGAGGAAAGGAGCUUGUGUCCAAACUCUCCCCACAGCCAGUGACCCAGACUUGUAGCAGAGAGGUCCGGGCAGAGAAGUGGAAAGGGAAACGAGUUGUCGUCAUUGACACUCCGGCGAUUUUUGAUGCCUGCAAUGCAGAACAGCUAAAUUUCCAGGAGAUUGACAAAUGCCUCUCUCUCUCCCAGCCAGGCCCCCAUGCUCUGGUGUUUGUGACGCAGGCAGGCCGUUUCACUGAGGAAGACAAUGUGGCCUUCAGAUGGGUGGAAGAGAUCUUUGGUCCAGAGGCCACGAAGUACAUGAUAGUCUUAUUCACCCGCAAAGAAGAGUUAGACACGGGAAGCCUGGAGGAGUAUAUACAGCUGUCCGGAAACAGGUCCCUCCAGGAUUUGGUCAGAAAGUGUGAGAAGCAUUGCUGUGCUUUCAACAACAGAGCGACAGGAGAAGAUCAGGCGCUGCAAGUGGAAGAGCUGCUCUCUCAGGUUGAGAAGAUGGUUCAGGAGAACAGGGGCAAGCCGUAUCUGAAGCCGCCCCCUCCAAGGGCAAUGGCCGCGAGGUCAGCUGAAGGGAGUCUUGCGGCAUUUCCAGAGAAGACAGCAGCAGGGAAAGUGGAGGGAGGUCAUAAGAGUGCAGGAGAAUUGCCUGAAAGGCACCAGAAGAAGAAAUUCACAGAUCAGGCAAAGAAGGCAUUUACUUCUGUGAGCUCUCUUUUUUUGUCCAUGGGCCCAGAAUCCGGACGAGCAUCCAAAGAAGAUGAAGAGAAUGGCGGUGGAAGAGGAGACGGAACAUCGUACACUCCAAAGUAAAUGCUGGAAGCGGCACAAGGAAUAACCACAACUGGAUUUCUAAUCAUUUAACUACUCAUGUGAAUAUUGCAUGCCCUCCACAUAACGCCAUCUCCCAAAGGGUUUUCUUGAUCUUCAUCCCCUUUGCCAUCACAAUCUCCUUAUGAAAUUGGAACAACCAGUUGUCUAUUUUUCAAAAGGACAAAUUAAAGAUUACAAGUUUUCCAAGUCUAGCCAGAGAAACCUUGUCUCAGCUAGGACAUGGACCCAAGCUUAAGAUCAUAAGGAUAUGAGAAGAGUCUGCUGGAUCAGGCCAAUGAUCCAAUGGUCCAGCCUCCUCUUCUCACAGUGGCCAACCAGAUCCCCAUUAUAGGAAGCCCACAAGCUGGACCUGAGUACAAGAAUAUGCUCUCCUCCUGAGGUUUCCACCAACUGGCAUUCAGAAAUAUACUACCUCCACUCCAAUUGUGGAGGUAGAGCAUAGGCAUAAUGGCUAGUAGCCUUUGAUAGGCUUAUCAUCCAUGAAUUUGUCUAAUCCUCUUUCAAAGCCAUUCAAGUUGUUGGCCAUUGCUGUUUCAGUCUUAGACCUCUAUCCUAGUGAACCACUUUGGAUACAAGGGGAGCCAGUGAGAGAUGUUGUAACCUUGACCUUCAGUUUUAAAAAAUGGUGACAUUCAGAACCUAGCAGGGGAGCAAUCCUGUUCAUUUGUCCUGCUUUUUUCAGAAAUCCCAAUACUGGUGCUGUUCAAUAAAAGCUUUC